CGGCUUCCGGGUGCAGUGGCCGCGGCCUAGGGGCGGGCGCUCGAGGGGUGCGCUCUGCUGUUUCGGGGGGGUGUUGCCCUCGCCCUCCAGACCGUGAGCCCCGCCAACCCCCCUUUUCCAGAAAUAGUUUGGAUUUCUGUCAUUUUUUUUUUUUCGAGUCACUGGAGGAUGGCAUUUAUGUGCGCCCAUCAACGAGUGUUUUAUCGGGCCUUUAAAUGACUUGAUUUUUCUGAGAAACGUUAUAGAUUUCAACACUAGGUGCUCAUAGCCUUAAUAUCCAUGUCAGAUCUUGAAGACAGUAUAUGCAAAAAAUAUAUAAAGAUGAUUAGUAACAUAGUUAUAUUGAGCCUGGUCAUUUGCAUUUCUUUAGGUUUCUGGAUUAUGUCUAUGACUGCAAGCACCUAUUAUGGUAUUUUACGCCCUAUCUCUCCUUGGCGUUGGCUGUUCUCUGUUGUUGUUCCUGUUUUGAUCGUCUGUAAAGGGUUUAUGAAGAAAAGUCUAGAUCACAGUGGAGCUUUAGGAGGGCUAGUGGUUGGAUUUAUCUUAACCAUUGCAAAUUUCAGCUUUUUUACCUCUUUGCUGACGUUUUUCGUUACUUCCUCAAAACUUACUAAAUGGAAAGGAGAAACAAAGAAACGUCUAGAUUCAGAAUAUAAGGAAGGUGGGCAAAGGAACUGGGUUCAGGUAUUCUGUAAUGGAGCUGUGCCCACAGAGCUCGCCCUGCUGUACAUGAUAGAAAAUGGCCCUGGGGAAAUACCAAUAGAUUUUUCCAAGCAGCACACUGCUUCCUGGAUGUGUUUGUCUCUGUUGGCUGCACUGGCAUGCUCUGCAGGAGACACAUGGGCUUCUGAAAUUGGUACCGUUCUAAGUAAAAGCCCACCAAGGCUGAUAACAACCUGGAAGAAAGUUCCAGUUGGAACCAAUGGAGGGGUUACGAUGGUGGGCCUUGCCUCCAGUCUCCUCGGUGGUACCUGUGUAGGCAUCGCGUACUUCCUCACACAAUUGGUUUUUGUUAAUGAUUUAGACAUUUCUGCUCCCCAGUGGCCAGUUAUUGCAUUUGGGGGUUUAGCUGGAUUACUUGGAUCAAUUGUAGACUCAUAUUUAGGAGCUACAAUGCAAUUUAGUGGUUUGGAUAAAAGCACAGGCAAGGUGGUCAACAGCCCAAUCAGUGAGGUGAAGCACAUAGCAGGGAAACCCAUUCUUGAUAACAAUGCAGUGAAUCUGUUUUCUUCUAUUCUUAUUGCCCUCUUACUUCCAACAGCUGCUUGGAAAUGUGAGCUCUUCUCAUUGUGAUGGAAUUCCACAUUUUUCCUCCCAUCAACUCCCUUGCAAAAGCUGACAUCUUUCUAGUGAAAGCUAAGGGUAUUUAGAAACUUACCCAUGUUCUUCCCCUGCUGGUUGAGCUUCUUGAACAGUGAAGCUUUAUGUCCUUUAUAUUGAUAUACAUUGAACCAAAAGUUCCUAUUUGGUAUAUAUAAGUUAUUUUGUUUGUAAAUCAGUGUAGGGAUUAAAAGUGGUAAAGAUGUUUUAAUGAUUCUCACUUGGGCAGAGAAAUGCUGCUAUACCUGUUACCCAAAUGCUGUAUCUAUUUUUAAGUGGUUUAAACAGAUGUGUGCGGGACCCUGAAUAAGAACACUAUCCUAACCUUCUCCCAUGACAUGCCAUUUACGAUUGUGGAAAGUGGAGUUUGGUUCCUAAAUGAGCUGUGAGGACUACUCCACAUUUGUUCUUCCUCAGGGUUAGUGAAGAAAAAGAAAACAUCUUUUUUCAUAAGACCAUUAGAAAGCACAAAAAAAUAUUUUUAAGUAAAAAAGAAAGAAAUUUAUUGUGUAUCUAAAAAUGUGCACCUUUUAUGUAUUUCAGUUGUGCUUUGAGCAGAAACAAGCUGAUGUUUAAUAUUUUAAAUGUAUUUUCAAGCUUUUUUUUAAAAUCUUGGUUUAUAUAUUGGCCUUGUGAGCAGCUAAAGAGUCACUGGAAAAUUAUUGUAAUAUUUUAAUUUGUUGUCCUAGAAUUUACUGGAAGAAUCUAUGCUUUCUUAUUAUUAUGUACCUUUUAAGUUGUACUCUCCUUUACAUUGGAGCCUGAACUAAAGUGAAUUCUAUUUUUCAAUUUGUUCUUGAUUUACUGUAUGUAAAGAAGUUUGAUAUGUUCCUUUUUUUUUUUUGCUAAAAAGAUUAUUUUCCUAAACAUAUUUUGAAACAUUUCUUAUGUGAUUUUCUUGCAUUUCUUCUCCUUUAUCCCUUUUGAAUUCUUGAGAAAUUGGGGAGAGAUUCCCUUUAUCAGCUAGGCUGUCAUUAGUGUGAAUGAAGCUGAGAUUUUUUUUUUAAAGAUCGAUUCAUUUAUGCAUACAAGAACAGGGGUACAGGCCAGAGGUGUGGGGGAUGAGAGGAUUCACCAGAGACAAAUGGGGAAUAGAACAGGCAGAACAACUGAAAUACACUGCUGAGGGGAGCAGUGCAUGAGACACAGGAGAGGUCUGCUGCACCAUGUGGGUAGCUCCCUGUCCGGGGAUCGAACUUGUUAAAGCUUAGAUUUUUUUAUAACUACAGUGAUGACUUGUUUAGGAAGGAAAAACAAAAAACAGUUUAUACCCUUAAUUCUUAAGCCAAGCAACUCUGGGUCUCAACCAUUAAUUUCCAACUUUGAUAUGUAUUAGAAUCACCUGAGUAUCUUUUAAAAGAAAAAAUUAAACUAGGGGCCUCCCUGGUGGCUCAACAGGUUAAGUCUCAGCACUAUAAAACUAUCUGCAGCCACUGCAGCAUGAGUUCAAUUCCCAGGCAUGGAGCAGACUCACAUGGCACAGCAGACAUCCCCUGUCUCGCCCACUGCUCCCCACAGCAGUGUAUUUUAGUCUGCCAGUUCUGCUCCCCACUCUGUCUCUGGUGAAUCUGUCACCUCCAAAACAUUUGGCCUAUACUCCAGCUCUUGUUUGCAUAAAUAAAAUAAAUCUUUUAAAAGUAUAUUAAAUUUGUCUCUGUGUUUCGCCCAUAAAGAUUCUGAUUUUCUUGGUCUGGUGUAAAAGAUUUAUUUAUACAAGCACUGGGUACAGUCAGAAACAUGGGAGGGUGAGAGAAUUCACCAGAGACAGAGCCAGGAACAGAACAGGCAGACUGAUGAAGUACACUGCUGAGGGGAGCAGUGGGUGUGGCAGGAGAGGUCUGCUCGCCAUGUGGGACCCUCGCUGGUGGCCUGGGAACCAACCAGGGAACCAACCGGCACUGCAGAGGCUGCGGGCAGCUUGGCAGCCCAGCGCUCAACCGCUGCGCCACCAGGGGAGGCCCUGGGAUUGGCUUUUUUUUUAAAGUUCUAACUUCACUUAUCGGAGCUUUUGAAAACUUGCAAAAGCUUCUCUCUAGACCAUGUAAAUCAGAAUGCCUGCGUGUGAGGCUCACAAGUCAUUCCUACAACUUUUUGUGCAGCUGUUUCUUCCUGCAGCUGUUCUAAUAUGUCUUUUCUCUUUUCCUGAAGAUUUCAGUCUCAUGACUUAUAAUGGGACAGAAAUAUUUAUUGGAACCAUCUUUGGGUUUGAUAAAAUUGCCAACAUUAAAAGAGUUUGGGAAAAUAGUGGUUCACAAUUUUUUUUUUAAGAUUUAUUUAAUUUAUUUAGUAGAAGAACUGGGGUAUAGGCCAGAAGUUCAGGGAAUGGGGGUGAGGGGAUUACCAGAGGCAGUAGGGAGCAGAAUAGUCUGAUUCACUGAAAUACACUGCUAGAACAGUGGGUGAGACUGGAGGUCUGCUGUACCAUGUAGGUUAGCUCCCUGGCUGAGGAUCAAACAAACUUAGGUAGUAGUGGUGAUAGCACUAAGACUUAACCCCUAAGCCAGCAAGGAGGCCUGGUUCACAAUUUUUUAUUUGAAUACCUUGAGCUAGUUAUGUUUUGGAAUCAAUUUUUUUCAGAUUUUAGAAAAGUAAUACAGUACCUAUAAAAUAUUUAAAAAUCUAAAGGGUCUAGGGUGGCACCCACUAUUAACCCUUUGCACUCCACUGUCCCCUCUCAGGGGACAUCAGAAUUCUAGCAUAUCACUCGGAUGUCCCCUCUCAGGGGACAUUGCAAUUUAUUAGUGAUUACGGGGAAUUGAGGUUAUUUCAACGCAACUUUUUGAGACGUGCAUGUUUCCCUGAAGUUUUAUCUUGAAAUGGCACAAGAAAUUAAAUCAAAAUAUCGUAAAAUGGUUUGGAAUACAAAGGGUUAAACUAAUCUUUCUAUGGUAAACAUAUGAGUAGCAUCUCAGAUAAGUCACCUUUUGUCAUUAAACUUAGGAAGAAGGAGGCCUCCUUGGUGGCACAGCAGUUUGAGGGCUGCGCUGUGAAGCUGUCCGCAACCUCUGCAGCGUGAGUUCGAUUCCCGGCCGGCCAGGGAGAAACCCGCACGGCGCGGCAGACCUCUCCUGCCUCGCCCGCUGCUCCCCUCAGCAGUGUCUUUUAUCCGUCUGCCUGUUCUGCAACCCAUUCUGUCUCUGGUGAAUUCUUUCACCCUCCCACACCUCUGACCACCCCGGUUCUUGUAUAAAUAAAUAAAUCUUUAAAAAAAAAAUUUAGGAAGAAGGGCCUCCCUGGUGGUGCAGGGGUUAAAGACAGCAUUAUCAAGCUAUCACCAGCCACUGUGGCAUGAGUUCGAUCCCCAGCCAGGGAGCAACCCACAUGGCACGGCAGACCUCUCUUGCCUUGCCUGCUGUUCCCCUCAGCAGUGUAUUUCAGUAGAUCUGACUCUUCUGCUCCCACUCUCUCUGGUGAAUCCUCUCACUCCUCCCCUUACCCCCCUACACCUCUGGCUACCCAGUUCUUGUAUGCAUAAAUAAAUAAAUCUUUAAAAAAAAGAUUAUUUAUGCAUAUAAGAACUGGGGUACAGGCCAGAGUUUUGGGGAGUGGUGAGAGGAUUCAACAGAGACAGAGUGGAGAAUAGAACAGGCAGAUCGACUGAAACACACUGUUGAGGGGAGCAGCGGACGAGGCAGGAGAGGUCUGCUGCGCCAUGUGGGUCACCUCCCUGGGUGGGGAUCGAACUUGUGCUGUAGUGGCUGUGGUGAGCUUUGUAGGUUGUGUCUUAAUACCUUGUGCCACCAGGGAAGCCUCCUAAAUAAAUUUAAAAAAAAAAAAAAAAAGCUGGCCCUCCCCUGGUGGCGCAGCGGUUGAGCACUGGGCUGCAGCGCAGAUUCGUUCCCCCGCCGCCGGCGAGGGUCCCACAAAAAAAAAAAAAAAAAGAACUUAGAAAGAAGCUUUCUAUUUUCAAAGCAAUCCUUUUUUUUUUUUUAAGAGGCAUGUUUUAUUUAUUUGUUUAUUUGUUUGUUUGUUUAUACAUGCACUGGGUACAGUCAGAAGUGAGGGAGGGUGAGAGAAUUCACCAGAGCCAGAGAAGGGAGCAGAGCAGGCAGAAGGCCCGAAGUACACCGCUGAGGGGAGCAGCGGCGGCAGGAGAGGUCUGCGCGCCAUGUGGGACCCUCCUCCGGUGCCCGGGGAGCAGCCGGGGAUCGAACCGGCGCCGCAGAGGUCGCGGGCAGCUUCGCAACCCAGAGCUCAACGGCUGCGCCACCAGGGAGGCCAUCAGACCAAUCUUGUAUAUGAAAAUUAUAGAUAAGGAAAGUAGCUUUUUUAUUAUUUCAGUUAUUUUUUACCAAAACAUCCUUUGUAAUUGUAUAUUUAACUAAUUCAGCCUGUUCUUUCUCUUUACCAAGUCAAUAGUUUACAUAAAAAAAACUUUUCAUGGAAAGAGCUCCAUAUAACAGUAUAAUAAAACAGUAUGUACAGUCAACCAGGGCAGCCUAAAAAUGCCCUAUUUUUUUUUUUAAGAUUUAUUUAUUUAUACAAGAACUGGUGUACAGACUAGAUGCGCAGGAGGGUGAGAGGAUUCACUGGAGACAGAAUGGGGAACAGAACAAGCAGACUGAUGAAAUACACUACUGAGGGGAGCAGCGGGCGAGACAGGAGAGGUCUGCUUCCCCCUGUGGGAUUCUCGCCGCCCAGCUGGCAUCGAAUCGGCACUGCAGAGGCUGUGGACAGCCUCACAGUGCGGUGCUCAAUCGCCUGCGCCACAAGGAAGGCCCUUAAGGUGCCCUAUUUCUUACAGUACUGCAACACAGUAGAGGAGAGCAAAGUGUAUGUGGCAGCUCCUAAUGGAGACCUGCAAAGUUCAAGGGGUGACUUUUGAAGGCUCAUCAAAUAGAGCCACCAGGAGAACAAUGAAUUGCUAGAACAGGCCAUCCCAUUCUUAGCUUUUCUCAUUACUUGUUUAUAUCUCAGCCAAGGCAUAUAUCAUUUGUAGCUGCUGUGUUUGUGUAGAAUGCUGGCUUCAGAAAUGCCAACUAUAUCCUGAUUAGUACAGAUCUUAUAUAGAGAAAAACCAUGUGAGCUUAUUUUGCCACCUGCCUACAGUAGGAACAGCUGCUGCCACAGUGGUUUACUGGAGCCCAGUCAUCUUAGGUUCCUGAUGUUUUAUCUACUGUUGCUGCUGCCAUCACUGUAGCACCAGUUCAAUCCCCGGCCAGGGAGCUACCCACAUGGUGCAGCAGACCUCUCCUGUCUUGCCCAGGGUUCCCCUCAGCAGUGUAUUUCAGUCGGUCUGCCUGUUAUGUUCCCUAUUCUGACUCUGGUGAAUCCUCUCAGCCCCCAUACCUGUGGCCUGUACUCCAAUUCUUGUAUGUAUAAAUAAAUAAAUCUUUAAAAAAAGAGUAUAUAGGUGUUUAACCUAUUUUUGUUAAGUUGACUCUAAUCAGUGUUUCCUUUAAGAGUCGUGGAGAGAUUGGUAAUCUGGAACACAUUUCUGGAGGAUAAUAAAAAAAAUUUAAAAACCAGUUUGGCUACCUGAAUUUCUGAAGACUCUGAUGAUUCCAACAUUUCUCAAUCAUGUGAUGUAAUAUUGUUGGGAAACCAAUGAGUCAGAGAAUGAUUGUAGAGGGAGUGAAAGUGAGGCCAUAUUUGCGGGACAAGCCUCCUGAAAUUAUCUCCCCUGCCAGGAAUAGACAUGUUAAUUCUAUACUUUUAUUUAUCAUGACCACCCUCUUCAAAAUUUAUUUGGUUUAUGUGCCAACUCUUUUUA